UCUCUUUUCUUCUAGUCUUGUCACUUCUACCCCAGUCUAAGGCUCUACUGCCCCCAUCAAAGCACCAAAGAAGAAAAUGGCCAUAAAUGGAGUCCUGGUGCUAGGAUUUCUUAUCGUGGCUUUCCUGAUGUGUCCUCAGGAAUCCGGGGCUAUCAAAGAGGAACAUGUGAUCAUCCAGGCUGAGUUCUAUCUGAAGCCUGACUCAUCAGGCGAGUUUAUGUUUGACUUUGAUGGUGAUGAGAUUUUCCACGUGGAUAUGGAAAAGAAGGAGACAGUGUGGCGGCUUGAAGAAUUUGGACGUUUUGCCAGCUUUGAGGCCCAGGGUGCCUUGGCCAAUAUAGCUGUGGACAAAGCUAACCUGGACAUCUUGAUAAAGCGCUCCAACAACACCCCAAACACCAAUGAACCUCCCGAGGUGACAGUGCUCUCAAACAGCCCUGUGGAACUGGGAGAGCCCAACAUUCUCAUCUGUUUCAUCGACAAGUUCUCCUCACCAGUGAUCAAUGUCACGUGGCUUCGAAAUGGAAAGCCUGUCACCACAGGAGUGUCAGAGACCGUCUUCCUGCCCCGGGAAGACCACCUUUUCCGCAAGUUCCACUAUCUCCCUUUCCUACCCUCGGCGGAGGAUGUCUAUGACUGCAAGGUGGAGCACUGGGGUUUGGAUGAGCCUCUUCUCAAGCACUGGGAGUUUGAUGCACCAACCCCCCUCCCAGAGACAACAGAAAAUGUGGUAUGUGCCCUGGGCCUUGUCGUGGGUCUGGUGGGCAUCAUUGUUGGAACCAUCUUCAUCAUCAAGGGCAUGCGCAAGGUCAAUGCUGGUGAACGCCGAGGGCCUCUGUGAGGCAUCCACAGGCAAUGGCUUUUCCCAAAGAGAAGAUCAAUGAAGAAAUUUGUGCCUUGAAAGUUUUAUAAGCCUGGCAAUAUCCCAAUUGCUCACCUCACUGAAGACAACUAUUUUUCAGCAUUUUCAGCCCUUUAGCUAUUCCAAGAAGAAUGAUGCCUUCCUGAUCUGUCCAGGCUCUGCUGUGGAGUUAUUCCCUGUUUACUGCCCUUCUUGGGUCUAUUUUUCUCCAUUUUCUACCAUCAUUUGAUCAUCACCAUGUGUUGCCUCUGGAAUAGACCCCAGAGGAUCCCUUCUCUGCCCGGAAACACUUUGAAUGUUCAAUUCAAACAUCUCUUCACACUUAUUGCUUGGGUUUCUCCCAACUGUGAUUGUGUUUUUUUUUUUUUAAGCACAAUAAACUUUUGGUGUUCUGAGGGAAA